AUGCGAAAGGGAAGGAGACACACAACUCGAGUCGGCAACUCCCCUUGCGGACCAGCCCAAGUCAGUCGAUUAUUACAUAACCCUGUACAAAGAGCAUCUCCUGAAACGGCCAAGCAAAAUAAUGCACCUGUCUCCCCCAAGGCAAAACGAACAAACGGAAGGAAAAAAAAAAAAAAAAAAAAAGAAGAAGAAGCCACCCUUGAUGACAUCCUAUACGGAGGUCUUCUAAACAUUUACAAACCUGUAAAUGUAUACUCUACAAAAGUUUGUGACAGGGUUAAAAAGGUCCUUAAGCAACACUUCAAACAGUUGAGCAAAACGAAAUUAAAAUUUAAAGUGGGACAUGGAGGGACCUUAGAUCCCUUCGCUGAGGGGGUCCUAGUGAUCGGUAUACAAAAGGGAACAAAAAAGUUAAGGGAUUUUUUACAAUGCUACAAAAAGUAUUUGGCCUUAGGCCUGUUCGGCAUGGAGACGGACACACUGGACAGGGAAGGCCAAGUAGUAAAAAUGAGCAGCGACAUGAUGAAAAAAAAAUUUCAAGUGGGAACCACCACACAGGAUACAGUUAUCUCACAAGCAAACAUUACUCUCACUCUGAAUAAAUUUAUGGGGUACGUGUAUCAAACGCCGCCACUCUACUCAGCCAAGCGGGUCAGUGGAAUGAGACUCUACGAAUACGCUCGAAAAAAAAUUGCUGUUCAUAUAAAACCAAACAAAAUACACAUUCAAAAUAUAAAAUACUUAAAUGAAGUGGACCUUCCCUUUUUUGACCUAGAAAUACAAUGCUCUGGAGGUACGUACAUACGCAGCCUCGUGCGAGACAUUGCACACGCAAUGAACACCCAUGCCACGUUAGUUAAACUUAUUCGUGUCCAACAGGGGGAGCACUUUCUAUAUGAACACUCUUUACACUACGAUGACAUCAAUAUGGAAAAUAUUAAGAGGCAUUUGAUCAAGCUGUAG